AUGACCGAGGGAGGAAAUUCGAGUGUGCAGCCCUCGACGGCCGAAGACACACCAAAGUCAACCGACGCCACGAGCGCCCAUGAUGGCUAUGAUCCCCAACAGAUCAUCGCCUUGGCCCGUCACCCGCCGCCGGGGGCUUCUGUCUACUCGCCCACCGCCGCCCCGUCAACCGCGCUCAACCCGCGCAGCUGCGUUACCUGCCGGAGGAGAAAGGUCCGUUGUGACAAACACAUGCCAUGCUCCAACUGCCGCCGCGGCCAAAUCCCCUGUAUCUUCCCGGCCCCGGGUCGGGCACCACGGCGCGUUCGCCCCAAGGACCCCAAUGCGCCAGCAAAACAACCGUCGAGCGAGCGCGAGCUAGAGUUAAUGAAGCGGCUGCGGAAGCUGGAAGGCAUUGUCGAAGAGCUCAGCGGCCAGAUUGAGGUCGAGUCGGUGCGCCACCCUUACAGUGCGGGAAACUCCCCGGAGGCGGGGGCUGCGUAUCAAAAGGAUGACCAUGCCCUCGGAGGGCGUCUGGUGCCCGGGCCCAGUGUCACAAGCGGCAGCGGCGGCGGCAACGGCGGCAGCGCGAACCAUGAAUCACCUGGUUUCACCCACGCGAGGCUACAGACCAGGCCGACGUCAGCGUCCAUCUCCGAAACAGACUCGAUCGGCAAAGCCUCUCCCGAUGUGCAUAAGCAGUUUGGUCGCCUGGUUCUAAACGAGAGGGGCGUGACGCGAUAUGUCAGCAGCUCAUUGUGGUCAUCGAUAAACGACGAGGUAAGCCAGCUAUCUUUUACGGGACCGGGUACCUACACAGGAAUUAACGUGCUGCAGCUGGAUGAACUCCGUAAGGCGUCGCAAUACCUCACCGACGAAGAAUCCAUCGAAUCCGAUGUGGAAGCCAGCCCCGAGUCGAUCGGUCACGAAAGGAGCUCAAUAGAGCAUCAGUCCUUCAUCCUGGGAUACCGCUCAGCCGACGUCGACCUCAGAGCUCUUCAUCCCCUACCGUCCCAGAUUCCCUUCAUCUGGCAGGUCUACCAAGAGAAUGUCGAUCCCAUCCUCAAAGUCGUCCACGUCCCCAGCAUGAGCAAGGUGAUCAAGGAGCUCCGACACAACCUGGACGCCCUCACGCCCUCCAUGGAGGCGUUGAUGUUCGCCAUUUAUUAUGCUUCCAUCACCUCGCUGGAGGAGGACGAGGUCAAACUCAACUUUGGUACCGAGAAAACCACCCUGAUUCAGAAAUACCGUUUCGCCGUCGAACAGGCCUUGGCAAGGGCCGAAUUCCUUACCAAACCCGACUUCACCGUCAUUCAAGCCUUUAUGCUCUUUCUUGUUUUUGUCCGCCGGCACGACGACACGAGAUUCGCUUGGACGCUCACCGCUCUGCUCAUCCGCCUCAGUCAGGCCCUGGGCCUCCAUCGCGACGGAACCCACUUUCCGAAUCUUACCCCCUUCCAGAUCGAGAUGCGCCGGCGACUCUUCUGGGCCGUGUGCGUGCUGGAUCUGCGGUCCGCCGAGGACCAAGGGACCGACCUCACCAUCGUCUCGGGAACGUUUGACACCCAGAUUCCGCUCAACAUCAACGAUACCGACAUCUCACCGGAGAGCAAGCAGCUUCCCGAACCGAGAGAGGGCACCACGGACAUGGCCUUCUCUCUCAUUCGCUACGAGAUCUGUUCCUUGUCGAGGCGCUUGCACAUUGUCUCGUCCGGCAUGACUCCCGUUUGCCCCUCCGAUGUCGGAAAGUCGCUCGAGGAGCGCGAGGCGUUGCUCACCGAAGCGUCGCGAAAGGUGGAGCAGCGGCUGCACAAGGACAGCUCCAACUCCAUGUUCUGGGUGGCAUCCAACGUUACCCGCAUCAUCGUCGCCAAGAUGACCCUCGUCAUCUACCAGCCUGUCCUCUUCCCGGGCCCCGGUGACGAUGUGCUCUCCGAGGAUGUGCGGGCACGCCUGCUCAACGCUGCACUCGACGUGUUCGAGUACAGCCAUAUCUUGAACACAGAUCCCCGGUGUAAGCAGUGGCGCUGGUUGUUCCAGACCUGGAGCCACUGGCAUGCGCUGGCGUACACGCUGAUCGAAGUUUCGCACCGCCCGUGGAGCCCCAAGGCCGAGCGAGCCUGGGCCGCCCUCAACCUGACUUUCCUAUCGCCCAACCCAGCCGAGCUUGAGAAGCUGACGAGCCACCACGCCGUGUGGAUGCCCCUGAGGAAGCUGUAUCUGAGAGUCAAAAAACAUCGCGACGCCGAGAUUGCCCGUUUGCGCGCAGAUCCACAAGCUGCACGAGAACUAGACCUCCAGGACCAGUCCAGGACCCCCCCGACCAACUUUGGCGGUAUCCCGGCAUCCAUGAAAGCUGCCGCUGCCCGCGAGCGCUGGCGGAAGCUCGUAAACCUGCCCGCUCAAGAGGAACCCCAACUCCAAGACCCAGUCGCCGGAGCACCAGCACGGGGCCAGACCAUGCCACAGGACACGACGGGCAUACACCCAGCAGCCACCGCGACCUAUGCCAAACCCGAAGUGAUGGAUUUCAUCGACGAAGCCAUGUCCAACCCCUCAUUUAUUCCUCUAGAUUUUGCGCCCUUGUGGGCCACUGCCCAACCCGAGGAGAUUGCGCGUGUCGCCUUCUUCCCUUACCACAACCAGACAAGCGACCCCUCGCAGGUCGACAGCAGGACGAUAAGCUUUGACCCCAACACCCCGAUACCCGACCUCCAACAAAUGGGCAGGACCUCGACCUCGAUGAGCUUACCCGCCCAUCUAUCACAGCCCCAGCAUCAGCAGCAGUCGUCGCAGGGGAUGACGCAGGGGCCGCAGAAUGCCGAGGAGAACCUACCGCCUUGGCUCUGGCCGACGACUGGCUCGCCGGACAUCCUGCGCCUGCCGAGUAUGGGCGGGGAGGAUAUGGAUACGACGAUGGACGAGGGGUUUGACUGGCAGACGUGGCAGGAGAGCCUGGGGAGAUACGAGGUUGAGGCGAACGGCGGGCGCGCAGGGAGUACCUGGGGCCCGGGCCUUUAA